AAUCUCUCUGCACCCAAAUUUAUCUCACCCACUCAUGGGUCAUAACAAUUGAUUUUUUCCUAAUAGCCACGUUCCCCCAUUUGCUUCUUAUCUCUAUCAUCUUCUUCCACUUUUUUCUUGUAGCUAUACUCUGCGUGAAUCAGACCCGUCAACUCAUGCUUUUUGUUGUUCUUCCAUGUGAAGAACUAUUGUUUCUUUCUUCAAUUUCUUUCCAAUCAUCUUUUUUCUUUUAUCAGAAUGUUUUUCAUUGUCUUUUUAAGCAAUAUAUGGAGACAAACCGUCAACAACAAAGAUACAAAAUUGUUUUCGCCGGCAACUUCCUUUCAGGAUCGGACUAAAAGAACAGCAAAUUUAAGUCACUGUACGUCCUUACACUUUUAACUGAUUUGGGCAUUUGGCCGGAAGAGAUUAAAGAAGAAGGAACACCGUAGGCCGCUAGAGUAGCCUGACAGUUCAUUGUUUCUCUCGCUGUAAUAAUAGCCAUGUGUCAUUAAGGGUAAAGUGGGAAGACAACACUUUACUAAAGUUUCUUACUGCGCCAGAGGUAGUGUUGCAUUUAAAUUCGAACAGAGGGGAAGUAUAUGAUAAUGAAGCCUCUUGGACACUUGGAAUUCAUUAUUAGAAUAUUAGCACGUACUCCGUAUGUUUUAAGAAAUUACCCUCAAUGGGAGUUAAACAUAUGGAAAGUGCAUUAAUAAGAGUUGUUGUCUGCCGCCAUACGCUAUUUUUUUUAUUUUCUUCCUUAAAUGCCCUUACUUUACACGGAAGCAUUGCCACAUAAGCAACUUGUUUCUAACCGUUUCUUCCGGUUGGAGAUUUCCUGCGCAGCUUUCAAUAUUUCUUUCCUUAUUUCGUUCUUCCGUCUGUGAUUAACAUUCUUAAGGAUCGUCUCGGCUCUUUCCUCUCUUCCGACUUGCCAUUGCUUCUGAUUUUGCGAAUUUAGUUGUUUUCAUUCACAUUACGCAUACUUGUCCCAUGCGUUUUUCGCAGGUAAGCUUACUGCUUGAUUUUCUGGAAUAUUGAUUACAUCUUUCUUCGAAUGUUCUGCUAAUAUUCCUGAAUGCUGAUGAUAUGUAAUUGUGCAUAUAUGUGUUUCGCAACUGAAUUCUGAUAGUUUCAGUUUAGUUUUAAUGUAAUUCGCAUUUGUUUUAUGAUUUUUUUGGUUUGUAAAUUUCUUGUGUAAGAAUUUCGAUUUUUGUUGUUCAAUUAGUGAUUUACAUUGUGAUUCGAUGUUUUUUGAUUAUCGUUUUUAAUUUUUCCAUUACUUCAUUUGUUUUAUGUCAUUGUUAGCUACUCUUUGGUUGGCAUUAAAUGUCAUAAUAACAGUUUUAUUAUACUGAUUCAUGUAUUAUGUUGUGUUGCUGAACUUUUCAUUGUUUUUUAGGCAUUAAUUUCUACAAAUGGCUGAUGUGUUGCUUGUUAUGCUUAAGUUGGACGGUACAUGGUUGUUUGACUAUACAUUUUCAAGUUUAGAUACAUUUGGUAUUCAUAUUGGACUUCAUUCUUCCUACACGAGCUUGCUUGAUCUGCUGCGUGGAAUCUUAAAUCAGUACAAACCAAAUCAUUCAUUCAGGAUUUCUUAUAUGGUUGAUGGUUGCCCCUCCUGUUUUUAUUGUUGAUGAUGAAACUUUGAAAUUCUAUCUUUAUAUGAAGUGUUUGCAGUCGGAUGUUGCAAAGUUACCCCUAUGUGUGGAGUUUAAGUCUGAAACUGUUUCUGUGCUUCAUGAUUUUGUACCACUUCAUAACUCGGUUGCACAUGGUUCUACUACAUCUUCAUUGUCUUUGCAUGUGAGUGACUCUGAUUGUAGUAAUCAAUGGAAUGGGUUGCAUAGCAAUUUGGCUUCCAUUGAUGAAGAAGAUGAGUUUUGCUCUUCCUCAGAAGGCAACAUUUCAUCCUCAACUAUUUUGCCUAAUUUUUCUGGUGUUGGUUCCAAAUCAUUAUCCUUACAGUCUGCCUCUGUUAACCACCCUGUUGACAUAAUUAGUCAUUAUCAUCCAACAUGUGUUAUGAUUAAUACUAUUUACACGAACAAGGCUGACUUACUUCAUCAUUUAAAGUUGUAUAUCAUCACCAACAGUUUCCAAUUCAGAACUCUGACAUCAAAGAAGAAGGAAUUACAUGUUAUUUGUUUGGAUCCGUCGUGUGAGUGGGCAGUUCAUGCAGUCAGAUUAGAUGGUGUACAAAUGUUUGAGAUUAGAAGGUUUGAUGUUGUACACACUUUCUCUGUUGACUAUAGACAAUUUAAUAGUAGACAUGCAACAUCUAGUGUUGGGAUAUAUUAUCCCGGCUUAUUACUGUUCAGGAGCCCAAGACAUUAUCCAGUACGGAGCCCGAGCAGCUAGGCCCAUUUCGGCCCGUCCGGCCCACUUUGGCCAUUAGGCCCGACAUCGGCCCGUUUGGCCCAUUAGGGUGGAGUACUUCCCUCACCCCUUUCCCUAUUUAUAGGAGGCUUUCCCUCCAUGUAAAGGAUGCUCUUUUAGCUCCAUCUUCCUUCUUCUUUUAGACUUAGCUCAAUACUCCAUUAAUGGGAGCUCGAAUUGUACUAUGUAAUGGUGAGGAGAGUCUAAUGAGAAUGAGAGGGCUUGGACAUUAGCCUAAAAAGUCCCGUGGUUUUCUCCCUUUCGGGUUUCCACGUAAAAACUGAGUGUUCAUACAUAUAUUUACUAUAUCGUGUUGGAUUAAACUCAACACUGGCGCCGUCUGUGGAAAUCUGUCCAAAAAGAUUCGUGUGUUCUACCAUUCUUGAGUUUUUUCUACAAAAAAUUCAUACGAACAACUAUUGAUUUCAACAAAAAAACAAAGAAUAAAGAUUCUGGAAAGUAAGCAGGAGGAAGAAGGUUCGACAUGACCAAAGAAAUCUUUUCUUGGGGAAGCCAGGAAGCUACGAAAUCUGGGAAGCGUGUAUUUUUUUUUCAGAUUCUCGUUUCUGGGGUCGCCGGAGCCGCCGUCACCGUCACCGUCCCCGCCGCCAUGGAACCUUCGAUGGGUACCUGCACCAGACGGAACUCGCUGCGAUGCCCCAGUUCUCGUCGUCCCGUCCUCUGGUCAGAACCCCCUGCAACAGAGACGCUCAUGGCUAGCAUCCCGUUCAACCGGCUACCGCCUGAGUCACCACACCGCCGUCCUCGUCGUCGCUGGUCAACUGCUAGUCACUCCUCCCCCUGGUCAGUCGCGACUCGAGCUUCCACGACCCUGCCGACGCGACCAAGGGAAUAUGCCGUAUGAGAGCUCCUUGGUUGCCUCCAUUAAUGGAGGUUUGGAAGUUGGUGAAGGUAUGUUUCGGAGCCCGGGCGACCUUCCAACGCAACCUACUUUUCCGGCAGCCUGUGCAUCGCGGCAGCUUCCACUGUGACCGUCAGUCAGCGACCGACCUGUACGGUUUGGCCUUGGUGGGGUGUUCCAUCUGCCUGUCCACAAGAAGCUCUUCACUUGGUUGAGAGCGGUCCACGUACGAAGGGCCAAAGUCUAAAGGGGAGUUGGCAGUAAAGAUGGAGCACCGUGUAUUAUUUUGGGCGGUCAACACUCCACUCAUGACUCUAGAAGCAAAGGCUGGGGGUGUCAAUUCACGAUUCAAAGAAGCGAAGAGAGAACUUUUUUUGAUUGGUUGGGGAUUUGAGCUGCACGAAUCUAGAUACAUCCAACGGGGGCUCCAAUGAUUUUCCAUGUCCCUAAAUUGAAUCUGCGGAGAAACGGCCUGCCGAAAAGUUGGGAAGGAAGAAGAUCGAUUUUUUUUUUAAAUAAAACGAUGCCGCUUAGGGAUCGGCACACCCUGCGCACGCUGGGUCGAUCCCACGGUAUAAUCUGCGGUUGAGAGCGGUCCACGUACGAAGGGCCAAAGUCUAAAGGGGAGUUGGCAGUAAAGAUGGAGCACCGUGUAUUAUUUUGGGCGGUCAACACUCCACUCAUGACUCUAGAAGCAAAGUAACUUAUCUUACUCCUAUUUUAAGUGCUCCGUAUUGAGAUACUAAUAUUAUUAUUAGUUAAUUAGUUUUUAUCACCAUUAUUUAAAAGGGAGUAAAUUUUCCCGAAAUUAAAUAAUGUCGAGCGAUUCUCUAAGUGAUAAAUAGCUUCACCGCCAUUUAAAUUAGAUGACUGGUUGUUCUGGGCCCGUUGGCCCGCUCCCGAUCAGCUUUAAUUAGCGAACGGAGUGUAUCUGAAUGACUUAUGGUAGGAUAAUACUAUUAUUACUACCCGUACAUCACUAUUAUUUAUUAGGGAUAAAAAUGUCCCGAAAUUAAAUAAUGCAGAGUGAAGCUCUAGUGAUAAUUAGUUCAGCCAACUUUUUUAUUAAAAUAUUUAAUUGUUGGUGGGUUCGAUUAGCCUACUCUCGAUCAGCUUUGAUUAAGUUAUCCGAGCGUCUCCAGAAGGGCGAUGCCCCGACGACGCACUUUAAUUGGAGGGUUGCGCAUUAGUCCACACGGCACUACGUGCCCGAUCGACGACCGUACCCCAGAACCAUCCGCGCCGCUAGGCGCGAAGUGACUAUUGCCAAACGUGGCCUAUGGGGCCCGAGGGCACCGAAGCGCUCAACCUCGUCUUUUCGAGGGCAGUGCGACCAACUUGGGUCUGAGUUUUCAAACUCACAGACCAGUGAUUAUCUCUAUGUGACGUUCGGCGGGCUGCUAAUUGGCCCCGCCGCGAGCUGCUACGUCCAUUAACCCCGCACGAUGAGCCGGGCCGAGGGUCACGAUGACCCAUAGGCCGGUAAUCGUGGAUGUUAAAGAGAAAGCCAUGCAAAUGGUUAUGUGUGCAUAUUUAUUGUCGGGCCGUGCGGCCCGUUACCAUGUUAGUUACGCAGCUGAAGCCACUCGACGUGAUCGAGCGAAAUGAUUAAAAGACGCUCGACCUGAGUCUCAAAGGCGUUCAGGGCCAGCUAAAGAGGAGACCAUCACGGCUGAGAGCCGAGAGAUGAGCAUCUCCACCCAGAGGCCGAGGGCCUAGAGGAGACCACCACAGUUGAGAACUGUGGGACAAGCAUCUCCACGCCAGAGACCGAUGGCCUAGGAAGAACACCUAGAGGCCGAGGGUCUAGAGGCGAAUGCCAUGACAGAGAACCGUGAGACGAUCACCCGUCAUUCAGAGGCCGAGGGCCUAGAAGAGAUCGUCACGGCCGAGGGCCGUCUGAUGCCAUCAUUACAUCAUGACCGGCCCCUCGGCACAGCAUGAUCAUCAUAUUUGGAGACCGGCCUCGUCCCCCUAUGAACGUCGGUUUAUAGAUGCAUGGACCUCUAAGCUUCUCCGAUUGGAAAGCUCGAGUCAGAGUGCUUUACUCCCGCCUGAUGCAUUCAGGGGGAGUGUGCCCGUGGAGGAGCACCCUUCGCCCGACCCUGUCGGAAAGGGGGGUGCCUCACUGGUAGAUUACGUUCAGGAGUGCAGACACUCACUCAUAUAUUAUGAUUAUGUGAAGACACAGUUUCCAGCAAGACAGAGGAAGAGCGCAGGCAGAGUAUAUUUUCUCGAGCAGAUUCGCGAGCUCACUACUCAAGAAACUGGGGGACUUGUGUUGGGAUAUAUUAUCCCGGCCUAUUACUAUUCAGGAGCCCAAGACAUUAUCCAGUACGGAGCCCGAGCAGCUAGGCCCAUUUCGGCCCGUCCGGCCCACUUUGGCCAUUAGGCCCGACAUCGGCCCGUUUGGCCCAUUAGGGUGGAGUACUUCCCUCACCCCUUUCCCUAUUUAUAGGAGGCUUUCCCUCCAUGUAAAGGAUGCUCUUUUAGCUCCAUCUUCCUUCUUCUUUUAGACUUAGCUCAAUACUCCAUUAAUGGGAGCUCAAAUUGUACUAUGUAAUGGUGAGGAGAGUCUAAUGAGAAUGAGAGGGCUUAGACAUUAGCCUAAAAAGUCCCGUGGUUUUCUCCCUUUCGGGUUUCCACGUAAAAACUGAGUGUUCAUACAUAUAUUUACUAUAUCGUGUUGGAUUAAACUCAACACCUAGUGUUAUUGCUAAUCUUGUGGCACACAAAUUUUUGGAUGCUUCUGUUAAACCUUAUACGCCAAAACAGAUCAAGCAUGAUAUGAAUUUGGAAUAUUGGAUUUCUAUGUCGUACAAGAAAACUUGGGAAGCACAGAAACGUGCAAAGGAAAGGCAUUUCGGAUCUGAUGCAGAGUCAUACCAGAAGCUACCUUCAAUGGCGUAUGUACUUGAAGAAGCAAAUCCAGAUUCUACCAUAAAACUUGUAACGGCUGCUGAUGGUGCAUUUCAGUAUUUUUUCUUUUCAUUAAAACCUUGGCGUGAAGCAUGAGAGUUUUGUAGACCUGUACUUAUCUUAGAUAGCUCGUUCAUGAAGGCAUAUUACAAAGGUACUUUGCUUACGGCCUGUGCUCAAGAUGCCAACAACCACAUCAUUCCCUUGGCAUUUGAAAUCUGUGAUUUUGAAACCAAAGCAUCUUGGCUGUGGUUUCUAAGCAGGUUGAGUGGUUCAAUCUCUAUGCGAAGUGAUAUGUAUAUAGUGUAUGAUCGCCACAAAGGCUUAAUCUCUGCUGCUGCUGAAGUCUUCCCCCAUGCUCUUCAUGGCUUUUGUGUUGAACACCUGAGGCGUAAUUUGAUUUCAAAAUUCAGAAGUGGUGCCAAUGGUCUUGGAUGGAAGUUUAAAGCUGCUUAUUCAGCAAACACUAUGCAAGAACUUGAGGAAUAUUUGUCAAUGUUGGACACAGAAGAUGCUAGAAUCCGACCUUGGUUAAGUAAAGUUGGUAACCAUAGAUGAGCUAAGUGUGUUGCUGGUCCACGCAGAUAUGGCAUCAGGACAUCAAAUUGUGCAGAAUCGUUAAACAAAGUAAAUGUUUGUGCUAGAGAGUAUUCAGUUUGUAAAUUGGUUGAUUUUUUACGUGAAAGAAUGCAACAGUGGUUCACGAAAAGUAGUGAGGAAGCCCUUAAAACAUCCAUUUUCUUGUCCCCCAAAGGCGAGAACCAUUUAGUUACUGUGCAGGCUGAAUCCACACGCAUGCAGGUUUCAGUGUUUUCCCUAUUUCAUUAAUUGAGGUUGUAACUUAUUGCCAUAAGUGUUGUUAUAUUUUCGUAUGUAUCACUUUAUUGCCAUCUUUCAGUUUAUGAAUAUGACUCUUGGCUUUUGUUUUCUUACAUUCAUUAUUUCUUAACUGUAUUUUUUAUAUGCUUUCUAUCAGGUGAAAUCAACUUUAUAUUUCGAGUUUGAAGUUGUGGAUCGCUAUUGUAGAUCUUUUGUUGUUAACCUCAACCACAAGACUUGUGUAACACCCCCAUUUUCCCUCCCAAAAUAAUACUUGAAAUAAUAGAUUUAUUGAUAAUAAACUUGAUUUAUUCAAAACAGAUGAAAAGUUUUGCAGCGGAAAUAACAUUAAUUGGGAAAUGGGUGUUACCGCCACAUCCUGUCAUCUCUUAACCGAAUGCACAAGCAAUCCCAAAACAAAACAGAAUAAAACAAGUGUUCGACAUAAUUAAAUUAUAAUUUUUGACUAGGUUUGACUAAGGCAUUUCUAAACCGCUCUCGUGGUCAUACAAUCAUCAGUCCACAUAAGCAUCAUCACCUGCACAAAUAAAGUGCCGAAAACAAAACAGGGAAAAAGAAACAAAAAUUAGCUUUAGAGCUAAGUAAGUACUACCCAACCCCGUAAAAUAAUCAGGUUUGGCGAAAUAUAGUUUUUCAUAUAGUACUAUAUAAAAAUGACACACUCCACCAAAAUUCUUUUCUCUUUGAUAUUUCUCAAAAUCACUUCUUUAAUAAAGUCCUCAACUUUUCUUUGAAAAUACUAUAGUAACUCUUCUAAUAGAAUUUCUCAAAAUUCACUUCUUCUCUAUCUUCCUAGUAAUUUAGAAGGGCGGUGCUCAACACUCUGGUUGAGCCCGGUGGUUACGUUGUUAUGUACGGCCACCCCGGGACUUUUCCCGGUACCACAACUGCUAAUGGAAACGAAACGACUACCUUAAGUGUGCACACCCCCUAAAAGGGAUUCCAAGCCCUCCGAGUAGUAAGUCGUCACGAGUAAUCGGGACUCAGUCUACCAACUACCCCACCUUUAGAAUUCUUGAAUGAUUAGGGACUACUACUACUAUAACUUCUUCUUAAAAGGGAUCAUAGAUCCAAUUGUCACUUCAAACUCAAACUGUACUUCUUAGUAGUAGCAGCCUUAAUCACCCUCCACAUUUAUCCGGAUGUGGAAAACCGACACCACGGAUUUCUCCCGGGUGCUCACUUAUGAAAACGUAAAUUUUAUCUUGACUUUAGAUAUACUUCCAAAAAUAUUUCUCAAUCUCUCUAAAUAGUCUCAAAGGUAUUUAAAAAUAUUUAAUACCCAAAAGUACUUAGUUUGCACUUCUCAAAUACCAUAGAUCUAAUAUCUCCUCAAAAUCACAUACAAAUUCAAAAUUCACAUUUAAUCACAUAAUAACAUAUAGUACUAGGAAAUCAUUUUGGAUCGGCAGAGAAACUUACCUUAAAUCGCAAUAAUCCCCUUAAUAAAAUCUCUAACUUGGUCUUCACUUGAACUCUCCUUCUAAUAUAUAUAAAAAUUCUAAAUCAAUAACUAUUCUAUUAUUAAUGUUAUUUCCGCUGCAAAACUUUUCAUCUGUUUUGAAUAAAUCAAGUUUAUUAUCAAUAAAUCUAUUAUUUCAAGUAUUAUUUUGGGAGGGAAAAUGGGGGUGUUACAGAUUUACCUGUAAUACCCCGGGCCCGCAGGACCCGAAGUAGUUACUCCGGACCAAUAGUACUGUCCUGAUGUGUAUUUUCUCGCACUUAAAAUAGUUGUAGAAAAGUGGUGUAAAGUACGAGUAUCGUCUCCACAGGGACGGACAAAAGGGAAAUAAAGAUUAACUAAAUUCAGCGAUUAAACAGAAAUAAAUAAAUUAAAAUGCGAUGUGCGAGAUUUGAUUGAUUGAAUUAAAAUUAAAACUAAUGCUAAUGCGCGAUAAAAAUAAAAGAUUAUUUUCUUCUCAAUUAACGACGAAGGGAGCAGGGAUUGAUUCCGGGGUAACCAGAUUUCUGGCAGAUCAGGCCUAAUUACAUGAAUUUAAUUUAAUUGAGCCUAGCUAAUCAUUACUAAGUUCUUACCGCUCUCGCGGCGUAGAGUACAAUAAUUUAGGGGACCAGGCUGAUCUCUCAUGCGACAGGAUCCUAAAUUAUUGCCAAGACGAGCGAGCUUACGGCCCCUUAAUCGCUACUAAUCUCUUAGCGAACGAUUAAGUGUGUGUGAAUGUGUCCUAGAACAAAUUAGAUCUCUCUUAAUUUAUUCUACAUGCAAUUGUAAUUCUAGCUGCAGUCUAGGUUACAAGAGAUAUCAAUUAAAUUAUUCAAACACAAAUUAAACGGCAUUCAUGCAAUUAAACCGACAAGAAUCUAACCAUACAUCAUGAUUAACCCCUUCAUCAAUCCCAAAUCCCUAAUUAAAGUACUCACAAUUCAUAAUUGAAGAAUCAACAGAAUUGGGAUGAAUAGAAAUAAUUGUCAUUAAUUAAAAAGAUGAACUUACAAAUAAUCCCAGGGUCUUGGAAGAAAAUAGCGUAAAACGGUGUUAAAUUCGUCCCUAGGCCUCUCCGUAAUGUUCGUAACCCCCAAAACGGGGUUAUGGGGGCCUUAUUUAAAGAAAACAACGAAUUCGGGUCGAAUUAGGACAAAUCGCGGCCAGGCACGGUGCCAGGCAC